GGGGGAUCUAUGGCGGGUGCUGGAGGGGCUGAUGGAGCAUCCGCUGCAGCAGGGACUGCUGGAGGGACAGCAGUGGCCGUGGGUGGAGGAGCGGCUGAUGGUGCAGCAGCAGCAGCAGCAGCAGAAGCAGCAGCAGCAGCAGCAGCAGCAGCAGCAGCAGCAGCAGCAGCAGCAGCAGCAGCAGCAGCAGCAGCAGCAGCAGCAGCAGCAGCAGCAGCAGCAGCAGCAGCAACAGCAGCAGCAGCAGCAGCAGCAGCAGCAGCAGCAGAAGCAGCAGCAGCAGCAGCAGCAGCAGCAGCAGCAGCAGCAGCAGCAGCAGCAGCAGCAGCAGCAGCAGCAGCAGCAGCAGCAGCAGCAGUAGUUGGUGGAGGCACAGUCCCAGCAGCAGCAGCCAAUGCAGCAACAGCAGUUGGUGCAGCAGCAGCAGCAAGAGCUGCUCAAACCUUUCCAGCGCCCUCUCUCCUCUUGCAGCCACUCCCUACCGUCAUACCGAACGCAUCAACACGAGAUCGUGGAGGAACCAGGUUCGAAACCGACCUUCCGAGCACCAUAUCGGCUCAGCCCCACAGAACUAGCCAACAUGAAAGAAGCAGAUCGAAUAUCUCCUCGCCAAAGGACUCAUCCGACCAUCCACUUCACCGUACGGUGCCCCAGUACUCUUCACACCGAAACCGGACGGAAGCCUACGCAUGUGCAUCGACUACCGACUCUCAACAAGCAGACCAUCAAGAACAAGUACCCGAUUCCACGAAUCGACGAUCUGCUCGACCAGCUUCAGGGAGCCACGGUAUUUCAAAAAUUAGAUCUGCGGUCCGGAUACUGGCAGACAAAAUGGCGGACGAUUCCAUUCACAAAACGGCCUUCCGAACUCGGUACGGAUUGUACGAGUAUCUGGUGAUGCUGUUCGAACUCACAACGCACCUGCAACGUUCCAAGCAGAGAUGAAUCACAUCCUACGCCCACUCUUGGACG